GCCGCCAGCCUAUCCUCCCCUUCCCGCUGACUCAGUCCAGCAGUCCCUCUCUCUCUUUCUCGUCGUUCACCUGAACGCAGCACAACAGCAAAGAAGCAGCAGCACUCCGCUCCACGCAAGCCCCUGCAGUCAUGGCCAAAACAGCGACCGCAUACAAGGAGAAGAUGAAGGAGCUCUCCGUCCUCUCGCUCAUCUGCUCAUGCUUUUACCCGGAAGCACGCAACAAGAUCCUGAAUGAGUUGGAAGCGGACAUCGAGGUGAAGCCGAUAAACAAGCGAGCCUCCGGGCAAGCGUUUGAAGUGAUUCUCAAGCCGGUGUCUCCAGUGUCAGAUGUCGUCCACAACCUGGCUUCUCCACCCAAACGGGACAUCUCCUUGGACGACAUCGAGAAGAAACUGGAGGCGGCCGAAGAGCGGAGAAAGUACCAAGAAACACAGGUGCUGAGGGCUUUGGCAGAAAAGCGAGAGCAUGAGAGGGACGUGCUGUUCAAAGCCCUGGAGGAGAACAACAACUUCAGCAAGAUGGCAGAGGAGAAGCUCCAGAUGAAGAUGGAGCAGAUCAAGGAGAACCGUGACGCUCAUCUGGCAGCCAUGAUGGAGCGUCUACAAGAAAGGGAGAGGCACGCGGAGUUGGUGCGCAGAAACAAAGAAAUGAGGGAAGAGCUGACAGCAUGAACGCGCACAAAAGUCCCCACUUCCAUUGUCCUUCACUCCAUCGGUCCAUCCAUCCAUCAAUCCCUCCCCUUCCCCGACCUGCUCCAACCGUCUCCCGAACAGACAUGCAAAUCUGGAGCGCCAGACAGGUGGAGGACGUCACCACUACAUCACAACACUCAGCAAUCAAUCAGUCAAAUCAGUGUCACUCAUCUUUGACAGCUGCAAGGAUUUCUUCAGUUUAGAGAGGGAUCUAUCUUUUUUUGUAAAUAUUGCUUUUCUUCUAUCUAUCUAUCUAUCUAUCUAUCUAUCUAUCUAUCUAUCUAUCUAUCUAUCUAUCUAUCUAUCUAUCUAUCUAUCUAUCUAUCUAUCUAUCUAUCUAUCUAUCUAUCUAUCUAUCUAUCUAUCUAUCUAUCUAUCUAUCUAUCUAUCUAUCUAUCUAUCUAUCUAUCUAUCUAUCUAUCUAUCUAUCUAUCUAUCUAUCUAUCUACCUAUCUAUCUAUCUCGAUCGAUUUCUGUGUACUGCACUGUACUGAACAAUGUUUUCUGUUGGAUGCCACCCCUCUUAUUGUGUGAAUUGUGAGUUGGAUGUAGACUGACAUUUGCAAUGUAUUCCUGACAACAAUGAUGAUGACGAUAAUGUUUUUUUGUCUUUGUGAAGAAUGUAGACUGCCGCGGUAAUAGUGUAGACAAACUAGACAAACCCAACUCAAGCCAACUGUAUCUUCCGCACGCACGCUUGGAAUGUAUUACAAUACAAAAUGUCCACUUGCAAAGAGCCCCAUGUUUAAUUGGUGCUUUAUAAGGAUUAAGAAUGUCUUUCCAAAAAAUGGCAGCAGCUGUUUCUACUGUAUACGUGCAGAUUUGCAAGGCCACUUCCCUUACUGAGUCUUAAACCAGAAUGUACUGACAUACUAGUACCAUGCAUCAAGACUCCAAGAAUGUGUUCUGACCUUAGUAUUAUCACGUGAACAAAAUAAAGUGAGUGCUUGCUUAGCUACGAGAGAAUAGGAGCCACGAAUUGACAAUGCAGGAUGCGAUAGUAUUCAUUCAGCACACCCAACUUGUAGUCUGUUUUUAAUACACGGCACCACUGAUCUGCCUGCAUCCUCCGCUGCUUGUGUUUUUCUGCCCCCUCCUUCAUGAAUUUCUCUGUGAAAGCUUUGCUUAAUAAAGAUUUGGGGUUGUGUGAACAUGGUGUGCGCCAUCUAACCAGUUUCUGCGCCGAGAUGAGAGUGUGGCAACUGCCUAAUAAAAGAUCCAAUAUUAUGAUCGUCCAACGAGAUGAGAGUGUGGCAACUGCCUAAUAAAAGAUCCAAUAUUA